AUGAAUCUACUCAAAAAAGCUACCACUGUUGUUUGCUCUAUUCAAGAACACUAAGAAGUAGAUUAGAAGAUUAUUCAUUUAUGUCUUGAUUCUAAGUGUUAGAUUUCAAAAAAAGCAUUAUGCGGUCUCUGUUUAGGAGAAGAACAUUAUGGGCAUAAAUCAAUCAAUCUAUCAACCUUAGAUACUCUUAUCAAAAAUGAAUGGACUCGGGAAAUUAAAUAAUACAAUCAAAAGAAUAAAGAUUUGACAGAUUCUAUUCAAAUGAGUAUUGCUGCUAUACUCAAUAAAGUUAAAUUGCUUUAAGACUAGAUAACAUAAUUUGUUAAUUAGGAUAUCUAAGAGAGUAAAGUAGGCAUUUUAAAACGUAAAUAUAUUGAUUAGCAAAAUCUAACUGAAAAAGAUUAUGAAUAAUUAGCAAAAGAUGUUUGUGAUAUCAUCCAUUAUAAUAAUGGUAUUCCAGAUUUCAAACCGAUAGAUUAUGAACCAAAUGAUAAAUUCUAAAGUCUUGCUUAAAAAUUAAUUUUUGAUGCCACUCUUUUUUGCAAAGAUAUUUCACUCAUAACUAAAUCUAAUAUUCUUCAUUAGAGUUUUGCAGAAUAAAUACAAGAUUUGUUAUAUUAGAUUAACAGUAUUACUAACUUAAUAGAAAAACCUUUGAGUUAUUUGAUGUAAAGUCGUCGGAUCUUCCCUAAUGAUAAAAGUGAAACAUAAUCAAUGCAAAGGAUCGAUUUUGAUUAGUAGAGUGUAUUUGGUACAAUAAAUCAGUCACCCUUUUGUAUUUAAAAGUAAGUUAAAUUCAAAACUUUAGAAAUGAAAGGGUUUACAAAGAUUUAUGAAGAGCUUUUCAAUAAACCAUUUACUUAAACCCAUAUAGAAUUAAUAAAGUAAAGAUGCACUCCAUAAUCAUAAAUUUGCAUAGGAGGAGUAAGUGUGAAUGAUCCAGAUUAAUUUAUUUUAUGUGCAACAGAUUAUGCAUAUGAGUUUUACACAGAAACAUAGGAUUUAAGGUUGGCAAGGAAGAGUAGAAAUGGUGAUAUUUAUUGGUAUUAUUUUCGAAAUCGUUGCAUUGGAUUUAGUCCAAUAAAUAAAGUUGAUUUAAAAUAUCCUGAUGUUGAAAAUGAGGAAGGAGAUUUAAGAUUUUCUUUAUGGUUAUUUCAUGGAUAAGGUGGUUAUAGAAUAGGGAGAUUGGAAAGUUUAGAACAAAGUGUUGAAUAUAAAUGUGUGAUUUAUUUAAAGAAAUGA